UUUUCUUUGAAUUGUUCCCGUCAAUUGUGUUUUUCCAUCUCAAUUGAUAUCAUAUAAUCUGCCAGUACUCUCCGUCCGGCAACCUUCCAGUUCGAUUAGUCCCAAUUCUUUUCGUGCUAUUCUCGAACUCUAGUGCUCAUUGCUAGUUCCAGAAACCCUAGUGUACCUUCUAGCAAGACAUAUUCUCCAUUUUUCGUACGCUUUUGCAUACCCCGGUCUUUGUAUUAUACCUAAUAUCGCAUCACAAUGUUGGCUAUCGGUGACGUAAUCUUAAGGCUGGUGAACUUUGUAUUCUUGGUCGUUGCCUUGGGCUUGACCGGUUCGUUAGCUGCUACCACAGUUUACCAGGGCAACCCACAAGUCAACUUUGCUGUUUUCGCAGCUGCUUUCGGUUUGUUGACCUCGUCCAUCUACGGGGUUUUUGCCUACUUCGUUGCUGCCUUCGCCUGGCCUAUCGUGUUGGCUACUUUUGACUUCCUCAAUUUGGUCUUCACCUUUGCUGCUGCCACAGCCGUUGCUGCCGGCAUCAAGGUCCACUCUUGUACCAACCAGAGUUACCUUAAGGACAACAACAUCGUGCAGGGCAAGGAAAACAGAUGUAGAAAGGCCCAGGCUUCCGUGGCUUUCCUCUACUUCUCGUUCUUCAUCUUCUUGGCCUCCGCCGUGUUCUCCAUCAUCAAUGUAGUCAAGGGUGGCUUGUUUAGCACUUCUACCAGAUCUGCUCCAAGAGUUGGAGUUCCAACCAUGUCUCAGGUUUAAAUCCGAGGGUUUGACUCCGAGACCUGGUCCCAGAUUUUGAUAUAUUGGUCUCUGGGUCGCAAAAUCAAGUUCUUGUGAAUACCACUGCCAAUUGGUGCCAUUGCUCUACGAAAGUUGAAAGGAAAAAUCGUUAGAGCAUUAUUAGUGAUAUUGUGAGGGAAUUUCUAGGUGAAAGUCUGAAAAAUCUACAGUGAAGAAUUUCGCUAUUAGCCUGGCUCAAUUGGCCGUCUUGGUUGUAUUUGUUGUCGUUUCUCGUCGUUAGCUGUUUUUGUUCAUUUCUGUUACUCUACCUUUCUGCUAAAUACCUUAUAAAUACUAAUUUGAUACUUUCUUUGGAUUC